UGAUACGAGCCGCUUAAGUGGUUUAAGAUUGAACAAGAUAUUGAACAUUCAUUUAACUGUUCUGUAUAACAGUAAAAGUUGUCAUUUUGUAACAGCACAAUAUAAUUAAAUAACGCUGAAUAUUAAAGAUAAUUACCACUCAAUAAAGGUGAUCUGGUUAAACAGUCGAUAAAACAACGUGGAGUUUUAUUUUAAAUUCAGCAAGCGUCGAAGGAUGAUGUUUGGAUCGUUUAAUAAUCGUUGAUGUGGACAGUGAAGUUUUGAAAUGCUACAAUAAUGGAAGUUUUAAAAAAUAUAAGCACAUACAAUAAUGAAACUGAUAGUAUGGGCAAUGAGGAUUUAAUAUUAUCCCAUCUAGGACCACGUCGCCAUGAUUUACCGGUUGUAGUAGUUUUGUUAAUUAUCUAUUGUUUGAUAUUUAUUUCUGGAACUGUCGGAAAUAUUUGCACGUGCGUUGUGAUCGUGAAAAAUAAUUACAUGCAGACGACAACAAAUUACUACCUCUUUAGCCUGGCUAUUUCCGAUAUGCUGACUUUGUUAUUUGGAUUGCCACCAGAAGCCUAUGCUGUUCUGGAAUCAUAUCCAUGGAGAUUUGGCGAAGCUUUUUGUUUGUUCAAAAGUUGUCUUUUUGAAAUGACUGCAUAUGUUUCUGUGUUGACAAUAACGGCGUUUUCUGUAGAAAGAUAUAUUGCUAUAUGUUAUCCACUGAAAGCUCAUAAAUUUGCUGACCUAAAAAGAUCUAUAAAAAUUAUCAUAGCGAUAUGGAUAGUAUCAUUCUUCUUUGCAUUACCGUAUCCAAUACAUACUAGAACAUUCUAUGUAUUAAAUGACGAUCACGGAGUUGCAAUUUCGGAAACAUUGCAGUGCAACAUUCCAACGAUAUGGCGUGACCGGAUGAGAAUAGUAUUUCAAAUAUCCACCAUUUUGUUUUUCGUUUUUCCUAUGUCUGUGAUAACAGUGCUGUAUGUUCUGAUAGCUCUGGCUUUACGAAAGACCGCCCUUAAACGUUCUUGUUCUGAAGAGUCAAGAGGAUAUUCAUCAUCUCAUUCCAUAAAAUCUGUCCUUCGGAUGUUAGUUGCCGUAGUUGUUGCUUUCUUUGUUUGCUGGGCUCCGUUCCAUGCUCAGAGAUUACUGACACUUUUCAUAACAGAUUGGAACAGUACAGUGAUGCAGACAAUGCAACGUUACCUCUUCUAUAUAUCAGGUGUGCUUUUCUUCGUAAGCUCAACAGUAAAUCCCAUUUUAUACAACGUGAUGUCUGUCAGAUAUAGACAAGCUUUCAGAGAGACUUUGUGUUGUUGCUUUAUAGAACAGCCAACCAGUCGUAGGAAUACUAUGGAGUAUACUUAUAUUAAAUCUCGGAAUAGGAGCAGAAGUAAUGAACUUCCGUCAUAUUUUAAAAACAGCGUCAUUCGGAAGUCAUAUGAAAUAGACGAUAGUCAAUUAGGAAUACAGUUACUUAAGAACCAGUCAAAUUUGCCGAUUCAAAAUGGCAGAGAAAAUGGUAGCAAUUGUCCUACAUGUAAAUAUGGGAGUAGUAAAGAAAUAAAUGGAACAAAUCAUGAUCAACACACUGUAAAACAAUUAUAUUUGACAGACAGUGCUAUGAAGUUCAGUCGAAUUGGAACCCAUGUUUAGUCAAAUAAAUACAGGGUCAGAUAAUACGUAUACCGGUGGUUUGAAGCAAAUGAACUGAUGAAAAUACAUUCAAAGGAUCUGACAUUCGUUCCCUGGUUAUAUAAUAUAAUACACUCACUGUGUCUCAUUUGAUCUAAAUAUAGUAAAAAAACUGAAGUUAAAUACCAAAAACGUGGUGAAAAUGUUCUAUGUUAA